AUCCUUAUGAAAAAUGCACAAGUAGAAUUUAGAAUAACUUCAGUUGAUAGAGGUGAGGCUAAGUCGCUAUUAGACAAAGUUCUUUCGCUUUUAGAUAAAAAAGUACGUAGAAGUUUAAAAAUGACUGAAAACUUUAAAAAUAAGGAUUUGAAAGAAUAUCUAGAUAUGGCCAAUAAAAUCAAUAAUGCUAGAGUAAUCACAGAAACAGAAAAAUAUCCUGGAGAGAUGAUCGGGAUGAUUAAUGAGAAUGUGAAUAUUCCUGAUAAUUUAUAUAAAUAUUUGACAGAAUAUUAUUUUAUACUAAAUGAUGAACUAUAUGGUGAUCCACAUGGUGAUCUAUAUGAUGAAGAGCCACUAACACAAGCUAUGGAAAAAGUAAUAACCCAGUUUGGAAGAUUAAAAUUUGGAGCUGAAAUAUACGGUUCAAAGAUUGCCCCAAGAUAUGAAAAUCGCUCAUAUAUCAGAGCAAAGUUUCUUGCUUUUAGAGACAAUACUGAAGAUAUAUAUCCGGGAAAAAUACAAUUCUUUUUUCAACAUAAAUUUAAAAAUAAAACGUACCAUCUAGCAUAU